AUGAGCUUCCAAGAAGUGUGCAAGGCGCUCGAAGAGCUGUAUCCCGAAGCCGCUGCCAUCCAUGAUGGCAACAAUGCAGAUUACAUUCCGGAACUGGCAAGCGUGAACUCAGACCUUUUUGGCAUUGCUGUUUGCUCGUGCAACGGUGAAAUUUGGCACAUUGGAGACACAGACAUCCCCUACACAUUUCAAUCCACCAUCAAGCCCCUUCUCUACAACGUGGCCAUCAAUCUGGUCGGCGAGGGUGAGGUCCACAAACACAUUGGCUGUGAGCCCUCUGGCCAGCGAUUUAACGCAUUCGUGCUGGAUGAGGAUGGCAACCCACACAAUCCCUUGAUCAAUGCUGGCGCCAUCAUGUCAUCAGCCAUUAUUCGGUCAGAAGUCCCAACACAAGUGGACAGCUUCAAAGCCGUCAAGACAUUUGCUGAGCGCUGCGCGGGCCUCGUGUCUCCGGUCCAAUUUGACAACAGCGUUUUCCUCUCAGAGCUCAACACGGCCUCCCGCAACUUUGCCCUGAGCUACUUUAUGCGCGAGCGCAGCGACUUUCUCAAGACCGUCUCGAUUGAGCGGACUCUGGAACUCUACUUUUCCGCAUGUGCCCUCACCAUCAACUGCAAAGGUAUGGCCACGGUGGCUGCCACAUAUGCCUCUGGUGGCACCUGCCCUGUGACUCGUGACCAGGUGAUUCAACCAGUCCAUGCCAAGGACACGAUGCAAAUUAUGUUCAGCUGUGGCAUGUACGAUUAUUCGGGGCGCUUUGCCUUCGAAGUCGGCAUUCCCGCCAAGAGCGGCGUGUCGGGAGCGCUGAUGAUGUCAGUGCCGGGCAAGUUUGGCAUUGGCAUCUGGUCACCGCGCUUGGACAAGCACGGUAAUACCGUUCGUGGAUUGUGGAUUGCCAAGAAGCUCGUGGAGCGUUUUCCUCAGCUGCAUCUGUUCGGCAACGCCGUUGAACGGGCCAAGGUGCGCCACAACCGCAUGGCUGGUUAUUCUAGUAGCAAACCUCCCAAUGGUCUGGGCGUGGAUGCUGGCUCUCCACAGAAUGCCUUGGAAAGGCAACUGCGCAGCGACCCGGGCGUUCCUGGUGCACAGUUCUUGAUCCACGCUGCUGCCACUGGCAACAUUGAAACGGUCCAAGAAUUGGUGGACAAGCAGAACCUCGAUGUCAACUUUGCUGAUUAUGACGGCCGCACGGCUCUUCACCUGGCCAUGGCGGAAGGACACGGCCAAGUGGCUCGCUUCCUCCUGGACCGUGGUGCGGAUCCCGAACGCAAGGAUCGUUUCGGUGCCACCCCACGCUCAGAAGCUCUCAGCACUGGAUUGUCCGACCUGCUGCCACCUUUGCCUUUGAGUGCUAUGAGCAAGCGCAAAAACUCGCGAAUGUCCAACAGCCCGGCUCGGGACCGCGGGACGCUCAAACAACAGUCCUCGCUCAGCUCCAAAUCAGACUCGAACAAGUCGAGCACCACGGCGUAA